AAUUAUUCAACGAAUUUAUAUAUUGUGAACAUGAGGGUUGCAGGGUGUCUCUCUUUAAGUUAUUAUCAUGCGUAUCAAACAAACGGAUUAGCUGUUCGUGGCUAUUAUGUAUUAUAAUUAUGAGUUGUAAGAAAUACAACCCAACCCCUACCCCUACCCCUACCCCCACCCUCUCCAAAUCCGCUUUAUUUCAUCUUAUCGUUCGAACACAAUCAUUAGAAACUCUGGAGUUGGAAACCUCUUCUUCACUGCCAACUUGACACUUCCAAAAAGCUCUCAGCAAAUUGAUUAUCAAAUAUAGAAUUCGAAUUCGCUCCAGGUUUUUGUCGAUCUAAAGAUUUGAAGAUUGGAGAGGAGAAAGAUGGAUAAAUUUGUUCAGCCAGAUGAUAAAGAAUGUAUGAAGAUGGCCAUGUUAAAGCAUGAAGAAACCUUCAAAGAACAGGUAUAUGAACUUCAUAGAUUGUAUAAAACUCAGAAGAUGCUGAUGAAGAACGUGCAAAGAACAAGACAUAAUCAUCAAGAAAACAUAUCAUUCAAUUAUCAACAACAGAAGAACAAGUUUGAUUUGGAACAUCCUGCGACAACAGGUAAAGAUUACAAUCGUGUAUCAGAAACAUUAAAUGAUCAAGAACUUGAGGACGACGAGUGUGAGAUCGAGCUGACGUUGGCCCCCACAAGUUUUAAUCGAAGGAGGAACAUGACAAAUAAGCCCGAAUCAUCAGAUUCCGUGCCAAGUUUUUCAUCGUCUUCAACAGGGUCGAGUCAUACAAAGAGAAUAGAAAGAAUCUCAAGAGAGAAUUCAGGCUUUAUGAAUAGCAACAGAAGAAACAACAACAGUUCUUCAGAUAGACCACUCAAACAGUCUCCAUGGAUGUAUCAAGUUCUAAGCUUAAACAUGACUUGAUAUAAAAGAAUGAAUUCAAGAAAAAGUUUGGUAUAUUUCAAGAUUAUUUUUUAGGGUUUUUACUUUCUACUUGUGAACUGAUUGACUCUUUGUGUGAAACUCUAGUUUUCUUUCACUCUUUUUCAUCUCAUGAGUUACGUUUAGCUUUUUAGAAGGUACAUCUUCUUUUGCUCAUGCUACAAUGACAUGUAAUAGUGCAUUGAAUCUUGUAUAUGGAUCGAUUUGGCUUUUUGCAAUGAUGGUUGUCUCUUAAUUCUGUUGUGUGAAAAUCCCAUUGGUAUCUUUAAAGAAUAGUGGUUUUAUUUUGGGUAGUGUGGUGAUAAAGGCAUAAAGCCCCAUGGCAUGCGUUAUAAAAAACAGACAAUUUUGUCAAAGUGUUU